AUGACAGAUGAGUUUCUGUUUCAAGACAGUAAGAACCAUACUGUUUGUAUAAAUCCAACAAAAGGAACCUUAAACGAGAAACCUAUAUCUGAACUUCUUUUGAAAGCAGAUGUUGACAACAAAGCUGACAAACAGUAUGUAGACGAUGCAAUAGCAAAAGAAGAAGAAAGAGCAGAUGCAACAUAUGCAACGAAAGAACAUACUCAUCCUGAACUAGCGGACAAAACAUAUGUUGACAAUAAAAUGUCAAGUGAAGUGACAAGAGCUGACAAAGAAUAUUCUAAAAAGACUCAUACACAUACCAUUGCAAAUAUUACAAACUUACAAGAAACCUUAGAGACAAAAGCAGAUAAAACAUAUGUUGACGAUGAGUUAGCAUGUGUGACUAGUGCGUUAGUGAAGAAGGCAGAUAAGGAAUAUGUGGAUGAAAAAGAUAACGAAAUGAAAGAAAGGGUUGACUGGUACCAUGAACGGACAAUGAAGACUUUUAAAUUUAAAGCCGAUACAGGAUGGGUUUCAGAAUGUUUAGACCUUAAAGCAGAUAAAACAUAUGUGGCUAGUGAGUUAGAGAAGAAAGCAGAUAAAACAUAUGUGGCUAGUGAGUUAGAGACAAAAGCAGAUAAAACAUAUGUGGCUAGUGAGUUAGAGACAAAAGCAGAUAAAACAUAUGUGGCUAGUGAGUUAGAGAAGAAAGCAGAUAAAACAUAUGUGGCUAGUGAGUUAGAGAAGAAAGCAGAUAAAACAUAUGUCAAUGAAAUAUACCAAAGUUUAGUUGGAACAACAAAAAAUAUUGAAACUAUUGUUGGUGACUUUUCUAUCUAUGAAGAAAACAAAUAUUUUAGAUGGGAGUUUGUACAUUCCUUAAAAAAUGGUAUACGGUAUAAACUCAUUCCGAAAAAUAACAAUGAAAUGUAUGUAAGCUAUAAAAAGAACGAUGGUACACAAGUUAAAGUUCCAUUAGACAACAACUGCUACUUAAACUUAUAUGGAGACGAACAAAAGAAAUAUUUAAGAGUUUAUGAAAUGGCAGAUAUGACAUUGCCUGACCCAGCUCCAACACCAUAUUAUUAUAAGUAUGGAGAUGACGACAAAACACCGCAUGUAGACCCAAAAAAGCAAACAUUAUAUUUAGAAUAUUAUAGAUAUAAAAGAUAUAAUGCAAUAGAAAAAACGAGAAUA